GUUAUGUAUUCAUGCGCAGUACUCUGGAGAAAGGAGACAUAGGAAUUUUGUUAAAAGUUUCCUAAUAUUGGAGUAAUGUAAAACAACAAAAAUGGAUACAUUGUGAAGCAAUGGCGUAUAAGAGUAGAGAGGAAAUAGCUGGGAAAAGAUUUCUUUCUGUGCGGUGUUCUGGGAAGUUAAAACUUAACAAAAUUGUCGAUUGGGAAUGGCGGAGUGGAGUUGUACGAGCAGUUACUGGCAAAGAUACCAGUAACCCCGAUGUCUCGGUUCUGGUCGAGUUUGACGACAGACACUGGCAGCGCCGAGAGUGGGUCCGCAUUCAUGAAAUUUUCCAGCUUUUUCUCGUAGAGCACACUGUUGUCUGGGCUGAGAGAGCUGACCCCGAAAAUUCUGAACAGCCAAUCAGCUGGCCAGGUUUGAAUUUCCGAACCAUUGUUGACAAGGCUUGUCUGAACAGCAGCAAGAAGAAGCCAAUUGAAUUUCUGGCUGACAAGUUCUUGGGCUUGGUAGAUGACAGAAGCUUAAAGUCACAUUCGGAUGGUGAUGAGAACAAGGCUCAGACACUGCGGCGCUUCCCUCAGGCUGGCCAGGCUAUAAAGGCGUGGCACGACUACCAGGACGGUCAGAAGAUCCUGCUGACCACACCCUCGGUACUGGUGGGGUACCGCGUGGAGGUAUAUCGUGCGGAGGGAACCACCCAGUGGUACACUGCUGUUAUACAAUCCUAUAACCAUACUUCCAAGACUCUAUCAGUGACAGAUGACACAGUGCUGGAGGAACACAAUGAAGACCCAGCUCUCAUACAGAUGCGAUUAAUUGAUGACGGAGUGGUAGAUUCUAUAUUACGUGGAGUGGAAGUGGGCAUCGGGCCAAGACGCACAAGGCAAACUAAUAAGGAUAAAGACCUCCAGUCCACAUCGAACACAUUUCCACGGGGUACACCUAAAUCAACUGAACAGACAGGCAAUUCGACAAAUAAGACUCCCUCUCGGACGAGUAAAACUCGACUACUUACACCACAAAAUUCUUCUCAAAGCCAGCAAGGAAAUACUUCUGGAAAUAACACUACCACACCAGAUUCUGAAAAAGAUAAAACCAAUGUUCGUACCAAACCAACGCGUGAACGCAAACGCAAAACUGAUGAGGAAAGUGAUUGGAGACCUUCAACUCCAGUACAGCCAACCGCACCAUCUACAGGCAAACGCUCAAAACCAAAGGAUACAAACAAACAAGGCUUAACUUCAGAGGAGAAAAAGGAGAAAACUUUAAGUCCUUUGAAAAGGGCACGGUCAUCUGAUGGUCGGAGAAGUACAGGCAAUCAGGAUACUACUCCUCCGGUGUCUUCAGCUCCUACAGGUAACAAAAGGCCAAAGUCCUUUGACAGAAAACCAACAUUACAAUUAAAAAAGUGUGAUACUAAUCUGUCUCUGGACAAAAGUUCUGUGGUUUCAAGGAAACGGCAGACGGAAAACACUAAAAAAUUACGAAACAGAAGUGAACCUAGGACUACUCCGAGAUCAGUUAAUUCCAAGGAACGCAGACAAAUAUCUCCCUCUCCUGUAAAAACUGAAUUAACUAGGAAAGCAAGUGAAAGGGAGUCGCGCAAAUCCAAAGUUACAGGGAAAAGUGGUCUGACCUCACCGGCAGCUGUAAGUAAAAGGUGGAAUGUGGAUCAGCAACAUUGUGAUGUUAAAAAGGCUAGUGACAACGUAGAAACUUCUAAAUGUGAUUCAGAAACAUCGGUGGUAAAGAGCGCAACAGACUCUGAUUUAUCUCCUGUAACCGAACCAACUGUUAACAAGGAUGAUGAUACAGGAACAGAAUCUAGUGCUUCAGGUAGUAAGGAUGUAUUAACACAUAGUGCUGUGUCAGAUAGUGUGGUGGUGCCGUGUGAUACAGAGGUGACUAGGGAAUGUACAGGUAGUGAAAGUGAAGCUGUCGCUGACGACAGUUCGCACCUAACUGUGGAAACACUGUCAACCGACACAGACGAUAAUAUGCACUUUAUGAAACGGAGGUUGUUAGCAGGUAACAAUUCUUCUGAAAGUAGUAGUAAUCCACCUUCCAAUUCUCUGGCUGGCAUCGACGUCAACAGAUCACUGACAGAUCAGAUCACCAAACUAGCCAGGACAGAAAAGCUAGCACUCCAUGGGGAAGACACUGGCAGCUCAAUCAACCAAACCAAAUCUGUGUCCCCUCAUAGUGAGUCCUCAGAUACUGUAGUGCUGGUGAAGGACACAAGGUCCGAUAGCGUUCCUGUCAAGGAAAACACUUUAUUCAACUACGGAAAUUCCACUCAAAUACCCAAUGAUCGGUCCAGUUCCCGGACCAGUGAACAUUCUAGUUAUUCAGGUUAUGGUGAUGAUCGUCGACCUUCCUCACGACUCGAUGAUCUGAGAACAUCCAGUAAAAACAGUCCUGCAUCUAGUCCUCUUAUUAUAGACAGAACAGAGCCUGUUCUACCCUACAGGGAUCCCGAAUUAAUGAGGAAAAAUCCAGUUCAGAGCAAUGUGCAAAGCAUGUUGGGACCCCCUCACAAGUCUUCAACAUACCCAGGUGUACAUAACCCCAUCCCUUCAGCUCCCCCAUCAGGGAGUCUGCCAACCACAACAUCAUUCCCCACCCAUCCCCUUCCUCGCACCCAUGUGCUCCCUUCCAUGUCCUACCAUCCCAUGGGUGCGGCUGCGGCUGCCCAGCUAGGCCUGUCACCGGGUCUGGGACAGCUUGACCAUGCCACUUUGGCAGCCAUUCAGCAGCAGCAGCUUGCGCUGCAGUAUUCCAACUCACUGCUGCUUCAGCGUUCAGCUGGAUACCCUCCUCCAGCAAAUCUGACAAUGGCACAGUUAGAACUUCUGUGGCAGCAGAAGUACCCUUCGGUGCCUGUCCCUCCUCAGUGGAUGCUGGCCAGCAAACAGGAGGACCUUCUUCGUGAUAUCUUCAGCAUGAAGGAGCGCGAGUUGGAACGCUAUGAACGUGACCGCAUUGAGCGGGAACGUCUGGAGAGAGAACGUAUGGAUCGUCUGGAAAGAGAAAAAAUUGAGAGGGAUCGUCAGAUAGAAAGGGAGCGACAGGAAAGGGAACGCAUUGAAAGGGAGCGUAUUGAACGAGAAAAGAUGGAAAGGGAAAGAGCUGAACGUGAACGAGCUGAACGAGAACGUAUGGAGAAAGAGCAUUUGGAACGUGAACGAGAACGUGAGCUAGAACGCAAACGUAGGGAACAUGAACACGAACAGCGACAGGAAAGGGAGAGAAUUCUUAAAGAGUCUGCAGAUACGUUAGCUGCUGUGGACGACCAUUUCCAACAGUCCCUUAGGCUGGCUAAACAAAGGGCUCAACAGUCAGGCAUGAUCUGGGCACCCCCCUCCAUCACCCUUGGCACAGGCAAGAGCGGCCCUCCCAAGUCUGAACAACAGUCUCCCUCCUCUUAUCAUUAUGGCCAUGGCGACAAGGCUGACAAGCAAGAAAUCAUCAAGAGCAUGGAAGAGAAAGUCAAACAGGAGCGUGAGAGGGAGGAGAUGCGUCACCUUUCCUUCAACACAGAGAUGCUUCGACGGCAUGAGAUCAUGAGGCAGCAAGAGCUCUUUGCUGCUGUCAAGCAAGAGGAGUUCAUGAAGGAACGUCAGAAGGCUCUUGCAGCAGAACAUCAAAAGUCAGACCAGAAACUGGAGAAGGUCAGUUCAAGCCGUUCCAGCGACGCAAAACCCCACAAUUACCAACAGGCUCAAGGGUUCAAAGGUUACCCUGUUUCUUCUAUUUCAUCUGGCUCAGGGUCAGGAGUGAAGCAGGAACCCAACUAUAGUUUGUAUGGCUACCAACCAUUCCAACAUACCUAUAUUUCACCAGAACAGCUUCAUCUGCAUGGUUUGGCAGCUGCUGAGAAACAAAGUGAAGAGAAAAUGAAUAUUGACUCUAAACACGGGUCUGCUUGCUCUACAUCACCCAAGCGGCCCAAAACCGGUGUACCUCCACCACUGAUAAAGGACAUCAAAUCUCAUAGCUCUGUGAUAGUGGAGAACAAGGGUAAAGACAGUGGCAAGUCUGCCAGCCCACGCCCUGCCCAUUCACACUACAGCAGUACCAUACCCAUGCCCCCCUCCACCUCCCCGCGGCCCCAGCCUAAACCAGCCCACACCCCAGAUCGCCACCAUCAUGACAGGCCCCGCUCAGCUCUGGCUAGCAGUAGUCCCUCAGCAGGCUCUUAUCACCAUGACCUGUCUGGGUCCAUGGACCUGUCUUCCUCGGGAUCACAUGUAUCGCUCAGUUCUCUCAAAGUGGAAAAUAAACAUAUCACAUCCAACUCUCAUAGCCCACUCAGCCAGGGCUUGAACCACCAGCAGCUCGCAUCGGCCAUGUUAGGUCAGCCGGUCGAUUAUCAUCGGGGCAAAGGUGCAGUGUCGUCGACAUCAUCCGGUGGAUCAUCAGCACCCAGUAGCAACAGUCAUUACAUGUCCGCAGCAAUAGCACAGCCACCUGUGUCCCUCCCUGGCCGGUCACUCGCGUAUAGUUACAGUCUCAUUCAGCAAGGCCUGGUGCCAAACCCAAUCUACUCGCAAAGCACUGUCAAGUCAAUGCCAUCAACCCACAGUGACCAACAGAAAGGUAACUCAUCAGCAAGCAUUCCAACACCCACCUCCCAGUCCAGUAGUUCUUCUACGGGUGGUCAACAGGGAGUAAAGCGCAAGGUCAUCAAAGACGGACCACAACGCAAAAGGCAGAAGGCAGAGAAUGUAGCCAAUUCAGCACUUAAUGUGCCAGUGACAACUCCACAGAUAUUGACCAAUCACUCACCAUAUACAACUACGAGUAGUACAACAUGUACAACUGUGUCUAGUGCUCUCUCCAAUGUCACCAUGACAACUAAAUCAGCAAUGAACACAAUUUCAUCUCCAUCUUCGUCAUUUUCGUCGUCAACUUUAUCUACGUCAUCAUUUAUGUCAUCUCCAUCCUCUUUAGCGGCAGGCUCUCAAACUGCUUCAGGAUUUAUGGAUAGUUUUAAAUCUUUUGUGGAAAAUGCUGUACAGAAUGCAUUUCUUCAAGACCAGGACUUGAACAAGCCAAGCAAGUCAAGUAACAGUGGUAGCAGUAAUAAUAGUAAACUACAUUCAACAACAACAACAACAACAACAACCACAGAGACCAAACAGCAACAACAACAACAAUCAUGGCACCCAAUCGGGAAAAGUCCCCCACCUCCUCCUGCUCAAGUGGGACAGACCCCGCCCCCUCAGCCUGUGUUGCAUCACUCCCCCCAGCCCCAGCCCCAGCCCCAGUCCCAGCCCCAGCCUCAGUCUCAGCCCCAGCCUCAGUCUCAACCCAAAUCCCAAAACCAACGCAGGAAAAGUGACCCCCUCCAGCUCAGUAGUUGUCUUGACGACUCACAUUCUCAGACACUGAGCAGCAGCAGCAGCAGUAUAAGUAGUCACACAGCUCUGAUGGAGACCAUCAAUCGUGUGGCCAAUGGUCAGAUUGACACUGACAGUGACACCCUCAGUGCUCCUAGUCCCCCUCCCCAUGUCAAAUCAGACAGUACAUCCCCACAUAAGUCCGGCAAUGCACCCAAAUUGAAAAAGGCAUGGUUGCAACGCCACUCUGAUGAAGACAAGGAGUUAAAAAACUCUCCAGUUCCUCAUGGGGAUAGUCGUGAGCAAAAGGCAGAAAUUGUGCGGAAUUGUUAUGUGAAUUGUUCUUACAUCUCGCCCAGUAAGGAGGGAGGUAGCCGUUCCCCAAUCAGUGCUCUUAGAAUCAACGGUAACCUCAAGGAUCACUCUAUCAGUAACGAUGAGUCCACCACAUCUGCAUCAGAAACAGAAUCUGCUCAGAACCCGGAAGUUCCAGGAAAAAAGCGACAAAAAAAGCGAAGUAGCACCAAUAAAAAGCAGCGACAGGAACAACAAGAAAGCGAGGCUAUGGUAGAGAGCAUCCCUAACCCAAAUCCUAGCCCUAACACCAACCCCACCCCAGUCACCGCCAGCAAAAAGAAGAGCAAGAAAAAUAAGGAGAGCAAAGAUAGUGCUAAGAGUAAAGAGUCCAGUGAGGAUGAGCGUAGCAAUGGGAGUGUAGUGAAGAAGCUGAAGCUGGAACCCAAGUCGGAGAACAAGUUGGAAUUGAAGUUAGAGCCUGAAGUAACCAAUGGCAGCGGUAUCCCCCCCACCAGUCCUCCCGUCCCCACCUCGGCGGCCCCACCCAUUAAGAAGGAGAAAAAGGAGACCAAACAUGCCUCCUAUGCCUCCUCAGACAGCCAGCAGGCCUCCAACAGCGAAGCUAAUGAUGGACCCAAGCCGAUGGAUAUUUCCAAACCCAUGGAAGCACCACCGUCAUCCUCUCUAUCUUCUUCAUCCAGCAGUAUCAGUAGUAUCAGCAGCAAGGAGAAGAAGAAGCACAAAAAGGAAAGACAGAGGGAAAAGGAACGUGAAAAGGAAAGAGAAAGGGAACGAGAACGGGAAAGAGAAAGGGAAAGAGAUCGGGAAAGAGAACGGGAAAGAGAUCGGGAAAGAGAAAGGGAAAGAGAUCGGGAAAGUGAAAAAGACAAAGAAAAAGAUAGGCAGAGAGACAGAAGCAGGGACAGAGACAGGGAAAAGGAAAGAGAAAAAGAAAGAGACAGGGAAAGAGAGAAAGAGCAGGAGGCCCGAGACAUUGAAAUGAGGGAGAUGGAGCUGGAAUGGGAAAGAGAAAGUAAUAGGGGAUGCAACAGCAUCAUCCCACCCAAAGAAGUAGACUUCAUCGCUAAGAACAAUGGUUCCUCGUUCAAUAAGCCCCUGGUGAAGGCAACUGUUGCCACACUGAAGAGGACAUGUCAGCCUUUUCUGCAGGAUGGUUCUUGUAGUGAGGUCACCCCCAAACUCAUGAAGUGUCGUGAAUGUAAGAUGACACCAACCCAACGCAGCAAAAAACUUCCAAACAUAUUCUGCAGGUUCUACGCCUUCAGAAGGUUGCGAUAUAGUCAAAAAGGUUUUCUGACAAUUGCCGGGUUUUCGGAACUGUCUGAUGCCGAGUAUGAUGACAUUGAACCUUGGUUACCUCACACACCAGUCAUGGAACCAAAGAUGGACAUCGAGACAUCCAAAUAUGUUGUUGCCAAAAUCGGAGAUCGGUUCUGUGAACUGGUGGAGCAGGAGAGAGAGGCGCGGUCCUGGGCUGGGGAGGAAGCCAAGAUUGCGUGGAAACGUGCAGUAACAGGCGUGCGUGAAAUGUGCGAUGUUUGUGACACAACUCUCUUCAAUAUGCACUGGGUGUGUCAUAAGUGUGGCUUUGUGGUGUGUCUGGACUGUUACAAGGUACGCAUGAAGGCCCUGAAGCAUGAGGAAGAUGAUGACGAGGAGGAGGAGGAGAAGGAAAGAGAUGAUGACGAGGAUCAUACUCCUCCUGGUGAGGACCAGAGGAGAUGGCUUACCUGCAGCUCAAAUCGCCAACAACACGAGGUGGACAAGCUGAUGCUCACUCAAAUCAUUCCACGGGACGCCCUUUGGGAAGUUGGCAGACAAAUCCAUGAAAUUCGUAACAAGUGGGAUAUUCCAUCCAAGUGCUCUUGUGAUAAAACGAUGAAAUAUCCACCAAAAAAUGGACUAACACAGAAGUAUCUCCAUGCAUUAAACCACAUAUCAAACGAGAAGAACAGGAAGAUGGUCAACGGUGUAGGUGAUGACCACAAGUCUCACAAAGGCAACAGAAAGCAUGAUUCUCAGGCCGUCAAUGGCAAUGUUAAGUCCUCGCUGGGUGGCUACAGUCCCGACAGUUCCUCCCCGCUCAGAAUGUUGGCUGAUGUUGCUUCUAUGGACUCGGAAAACAGUCGAGAGCGAAGCGAGUCUCCGUACAACAAACGUCGCGGAGAGACUGAUAAAUAUGGAAAAGGAUACAACCCCAUCACAGAGCCUGUGUCUCCAUGUGGACAGGGCAAUGUGGGUGAAAGUGAAAGUGACAAGAAAGGUCCAACCAGUUGCUCAACAUUACGGGAAUUACUAACAAAAACUGCCGGCAAAGUGAAAUCUGGUGGAGAAAGUAACAAAAAACCAGCUAAGUCAAAGAACAACACUAGCAGUACUCUGGACGAUAUUAUUCAAUCAGUUGUUGAAAAGCAGUUGCCUAGAGAUGAGAAUAGUCAGCCAAUCAAAUUGAUGCAUUACAUCCCUCGUUCUGGAUAUAGUGGUAUGAUAGCAUGUGACACGCCCAUACUGGUGCACAACCUAACGGAGACAAGUGUCCUCUAUCCUGAUGUUCCCCAUUCCUGGUUAUGUGACGGCCGCCUUCUCCGACUCCACGACCCAAAACACAGAGGAAACUUCAAAAUCUUCCAGGAACAGAUGAAACGUGGACAGCCAGUCCUGGUAUCAGGUGUUGAUAACUGCUUGAACAAAGUCCUAUGGAGCCCAAAAACGUUCAGCAAGGAAUUUGGUAAACACAAGAACGAUCUCGUCAACACCCGGAAUGGCUGCCUCAUUGUCGGUCAUCCAAUGGCCACUUUCUGGGAGGGAUUCGACAGAAUCUCCGAGCGUCUGGUCGAUGAUGAAGGGGACCCAAUACUGCUGAAGCUAAAGGACUGGCCACCAGGUGACGAUUUCAGUGACCUCAUGCCACAGCACUUUGAAGACCUGAUGCAGGCCCUGCCCUUGCCAGAGUACACCCACCGACAGGGACGCCUCAACCUUGCUUCCAGACUGCCUGACUUCCUUGUCAGGCCUGACCUGGGGCCCAAGAUGUACAAUGCUUAUGGAUCUGCUCUUCACCCUGAAGAAGGCACCACAAACUUGCACUUGGACGUAUCUGACGCUGUCAAUGUUAUGGUGUAUGUUGGAAUCCCUGAAGAUGAUACGGGAGGACGUUCCUUUUAUGAAAAUGCUGCCCUCCAAGCCAUUGACGAGGCUGGCUGUGACAUGAUCACCAAACGACGUGUGCGUGAAGUACAAGAAGUGCCUGGUGCUAUGUGGCAGAUCUGGGAUGCAAGAGAUGCUGACAAAAUGAGGGACUUCCUCAACAAGGUUGCUAAGGAACGUGGUGAGGUGAUAGAGCAGCACCAUGACCCUAUCCACGACCAGAGCUGGUACCUAGACGAGGACUUGCGUGACCGACUCUACAAGGAGUAUGGUGUGUUGGGCUACACUAUCGUCCAAUGUGCAGGAGAUGCCAUCUUUAUACCUGCAGGAGCUCCUCACCAGGUUCGCAACCUUCACAGCUGUAUAAAGGUGGCGGAGGACUUUGUGUCGCCUGAACACCUCAACCACUGCUUCUCCCUGACACAGGAGUUCCGUCUCCUGUCCGACACGCAUGCCAACCACGAGGACAAACUCCAGGUGAAGAACAUUGUGUAUCACGCUGUUAAGGAUGCCAUUGCUGUCCUGAAUGAGGCGAGCCGAGAUGACGAGUAAAUGACGGUGGCACCAUAUCAGCAUGUAGACCUUGUACUUAUCUACAAACUAUCAACAUAUCAAAACCUUCAGUGAGAUAACAUGGAUGGAGAAAACUGUGGAAUAUUACAUAAAAAUAGGUCUAACUUCAAACAGCUUGUACCAUAGAACGAGCAGAAUUUUGCCAUAUGAGCGAAACCCUAGAUCAUUCAAUGAAGACUUUAGGAAAACUCCUGGAAAGCAACAUGGUCAGAUUGCUUUCAUUUCAUGGAGUGUUUAGCCUGGAUUUAAGUGACCACAACAUUUAAGUCACUGCCAAAGACAUGAGUGACCGUAAGAGUGCUAGAGGAAAUAAAUGACCAGCUAGGUGAUUUAUAAAACACUGUAAACCGGUUAGAGGAAACUAAAACACUGUAAACCGGUUAGAGGAAACUGACCAUAGAAUACAAAAAUUACUGAUCAGAGCCCUACAUACACACACAACCUUGGCCUUAGUGACCUCGAACCCUGUGAGGAGAGUUCCUGGAACCUGCAAGGCCCUGUUAGGGUGUGUUAGACCAUGCAUGAUAUCCAGCCUUUGGCUAAGCACUUUAAGGAUAUGUAGGGACAUGGAUUGUUUGAGGACUUGUGCUGAGCUCUGUGAAGUUGUACGAGGCCAUGCAUGGUAUCAGGCCUUGCGCUAAGCUCUAUGAAGAUGUGUAGGGCCAUGGAUUCUAUGAGGCAUUGUGCCAGGCUAAAUGAGGAUGUGUUGCCAUGGAGUGUACAAAGCUUUGCACCGGACAUAGUGAGGAACUGUGCAGAAUUGUGAGGCCAUGUGUUGUAUGAGGCCUGGCUCAAAGGACGUGUGGAGGCCAUCCCUUUUGAGGGGAGGGUGUGGCCUUCAUGGAAGUACAUAUCUGUCCUGGCACACAGAGAACCAAGCAAUAUAGCUGAUACUUCUUAGUGUAGACUCUCCAAGCUUUUACUUACUUUUCUCUCUAUCCAUUAUGUGAUUCUACAGUUUACAGUGAGGAGGAAUUAUUACACAUUCUGAACAGUGCCAACCGGGAUACCGUUGCUAUGUUGUGAUGUUGGAAAUGUGUCGUCUUUCUUUUAUCUUAUAUCAGUCCUUGUUAUUGAUGAUACAAACUCCUGCUGUGUGGUACGUGGAUGUAGGAAGUGGAAUACGGAAUGUAGUGACAAGGUUCCUUCUAUACUGGGUAGUUGUGUCAGGAUACAGCUGCCCUAGUGAUAGAGUUUUAGUCCCUUCCCCACGUUCUACCAGUGUUACUACAGUGUGCCGGGAGUAGGCACAGACAUGGUUGCCAAACUUGUGGGGAUAUGUUAUGUAAUGGGAAACCAGAACAAAGGAAUACAUCUUCGCAGGUUUGAUUGCCUUAGAUCUCAUUUAACUUUCAGGGAAAAAUAAAGUAUAUAUUAUAAAUAUUAUUACAUGAAGUACAUAUAUCUAUAUAUAUCUAUGUAUAUCAUAUAUAGAUAUAUAUAUAUAGUUAUCACUAUGCUGAAUGACUGACUGAUUUGACCUCUAUUGACCUUUUGUACCCAACCUGUCUCCAUGGUAACUACAGUGUGAACUUUGAACUUUGACCCUCUGCAGCAUGUGAUAUAUGAUUGGCAUUGUUUCGUAUAUCAGCAGAGAGAAUUGCUUUUAGUCAAGGCAACUAAUAACUGCAUUUAUGUUUAUAAAUUUGUGCUCAUUCAUAAGGUCAGUAGUCAAGGUCAUACAGUAGUUUUGAAGGUCAUCUUAAUUGUUUAACAAGCACAAGUAUUGUGUACAAGCUUUAUAAUUAACUAGGUCACUGUGUAACAAAAUGUUAGCUAUUGUAUGGCGUGAGAGUCAGUGAUAUGUAGUUAGACUAAUUAUGUGCUCAUUAACCAUAUGGUAAAUGGUUAAGUAUAGAUGUGAUUUGCAUAAUGUUGAUUGCUGAUCAUGAAUAUCAAUAUGAAUGCUACUUGUGUACAAUGAAUGAAAAAGAUAUAUUUUUAUUGAAAUAAAUGUGAAAUUACAUAGGAAAAUAUCAAAAUAAAGUAUUUUUGACCGGGGCAGAAAAACAUCUUGCUUCCGUAUAGUGAAUGUACUGCUUCUUGUUAGAAGCUUGGAGUAGCUCCUGUCACAAACAAUUCAUCAGGAAUGAAAAUCAUCGUUAAACUUUCUGUGAAAAAUAUCAAUUUUUCCAAAGCCGAGACUGCCAAUUCCUGUACAUUUUCUGUAUUCAUGGAUAUUCAGAUUCAUCAUUUGGGGCCAGUAGUCAGGGAACUACAUUUUUUUUUAUUCAUUCAAAUCUUUGUCAUCCUUCAGUUUUAAAAAUCUUUGAUAAAAUGGACGACUAGCUCUUAUUGUUGUGUACGCUUGUUGUGAAGGACUAAAUUCCUAUAAUGGUCACAAGUACAUUUUUGAACUGAUCCAAUCUCCCCCAUUUUCUUACUUAUAUAUCCAUUCCAUUGGCGGAGACUGGGAGGGGUUGAGGGUCAGACAGGGAGAUUUAUGAGGGUCAGGCUGGGAGGGGGUUGAGGGUCAGACAGGGAGAUUUAUGAGGGUCAGGCUGGGAGGGGUAAAAGCUAGCAUUUUAUUAUAAUAGUUCCAUUGUUGGUGUAUUAUAUAAUUUUGGAGCUGUAUCCAUUGAAGGCUUGAAGAGGUAGCACAUUGUAUUGAGCUUUGUCCCAUUAACAUCCAGCAGCUUCAUCUGGUCAUUAAAUGGAUACUGCAUUUUGCCAUUUAUUAUUAUAUUAUUAUUAUUACUUUAAUUCACUUGGGUUUUUAUGAACCUUGUUGUAGUUCAUUUAAUAUCACAUUUGUUGAAAUUUUCUUUGUUCAAAUUUCAAAUUUACAUUUAUUAAAAUUAUUAUUAUUCAUCACAUUUUUGUAUGAUAAAAGAUGAUUAUAUGUGAACAGAUAGAUAUAAUUGUUUCAUUGGAUGUUGACUAGCCUCAUGUAUAUAUAUAAUAUAUAUAUGUGUGUGUAACGGAUUAUUUUUUUAUGAAAUGCCAGGUAUAUGGUGUGGGGCGACCUCACAUUGGAGCGUGUUACAACUAGAUGUAGAGAUGUCCUACUAUUCUUAAUAAAACAUCCAUUGCUCUAUA